UCAUUUUUCGCAAUGGCGAGAUGGUAACCAGCGAAGUUGGGAGACGGCUGUGAAUGUGCAUCGCUUAUUUCCCUGUUACCAUUAAAACCAAAGUGGCACCCAUUUUCCUUUCGCGACUGGCUUUUGAUGGCUAAUAGGUCCGGUUUCGGGAUUUUACUACGAGGGCGAUGAGGGGCAGGGAUCGGUGCCUUUUGCGUGUGGCGCACAAGUGAAAGGAGCUGCCCGGGUUAUUGAUAACAUAAGCCGAGAUGCGGAGGGUCCGUGUCCGACCAUGUGAAACGCCAUGAACCGCUUAUAUUGCUCUCUAGUAAAGCAAGCCACUGGAAACCGCGUCCUACGGACGUCUCCGCGGACACGUCGGCUUUUAACUUGACUUUAAUGAUCAGUUUGGUGAUUUUUCGACUCAAAGAUCUACAACAGGAGACUUCAAAAUGUUAAUGGGGUCCAAGACGACGUUCAAAGUGAGGCAGAUUGUCCCCGAUAUGAAGGAGAAGAUGCUGAACUACAGCAUGCUACACGGGAAGUGCAGGGACAAGUUCGGCCUGCGAUGUCUGCCAGGCGAGUGUGUCCUCCAGAGGGCAGUGUUGGUGAGGAAGAAGCUGUCUGGUGUGGAAGGAGGUGGCUGGCUGGCUGGAACCCUCUUCUGCACCCACUUCAGAGUCGCCUUCGUGCCCCAGGACAGCGAGAAACCAGACGACAAUGCAGACCCAGUGCUCCUCGGGGAUCACGACGUGGCCCUCGCCUCUAUCGAGAAGGUGGUGGCUGUGGGACCAUCUCGCACGAAGCUUGUGACGGCCAAUUCCUCCCUGAAGUUCACCCCUGAGGAGCUGGUCCUGUACUGCCGCGACCUCCGCGUCCUCUGCUUCCUGUUUGACCGGCUGACCCCCGAAACUCAGGCCGUGGAGAUCACCUACGCCAUCGCCAAAACCUACCAGCCCCUGAAGCCUGGAUCCAUCCUCUCCUUCCAAAACGCCGCGCUGGGGAGUGUGGAGAUGAGACAGUUCCUCAGCAACCGGAGGCCGGAUGGCCAGAUGAAGCUGUUUGACUGCGCUGCCGACUGGGACGGUGAGCUGGAGAGGACUGGAGCCACUGGCUGGAGGGUCAGCACCAUCAACGACCGCUUUGAGAUGGCCACCAGCCUUCCCCGGUUUAACGUGGUGCCCCAGAAGGUUCUGGACACCGAACUGAAGAAGACAUUUGCCCAUUUCAAUGAAGGACGCAUCCCCCGAUGGUGCUGGCACCACCCUUGUGGCAGUGACCUCCUGCGGACGGCCAGUUUCCAGAACAACAUUUACCAUGAGAAGGACGACAUCAGGAACCUGGAGGCCAUCGUGUUUGGCAGCCAUCAGCAGUGUGUGGUGGUGGAACUGGGGGAGGAGAUGGCGACUCUGGUGGACAUACAGCUGGCCCACACCCGCCUGCGAGCUCUGUGCCUCGGGGACAUUUCAGCAUCUGCCUGCGUGCCGGAUGACAGAUGGCUGUCCACCCUGGAGAGCACGCGCUGGCUGGACCACAUCAGGUGCUGUCUGAAGAAGGCUGCUGAGGUUGCAUGUCUGCUGAGAGCCGGUCAGCUGACGGUCAUCCUGCAAGAACCAGAAGACCGGGACAUGAACUGCGUGGUGUCCAGCCUGGUCCAGGUGAUGAGUGACCCAUACUGCAGAACCGUGGCGGGCUUCCAGGGGCUGAUCCAGAAGGAGUGGGUGAUGGCUGGACAUCGCUUUCUCAGCAGGGCCAACUACCACCGAGACAGUGACAAGGAAGAGGCUCCCGUGUUCCUGCUCUUCCUGGACUGCGUCUGGCAGCUAUGGGCACAGUGUCCCACGCGCUUCCAGUUCACCGGGGACUACCUCCUGGCUCUCCAUGAUAGCGCCCACCUCCCGCUCUUCAGCACCUUCUUGUUCAACUGCCAGAGGGAGAGGAGCCGCCCAUCUCAGCGCCUGCCCCAGAGCUACACCCCCGUCAAUGGCUGCUGGAGGGAGGCCACGCCCCCCGAUUCUACUCAGGAUCCAUUGGACCUCCUGUUCCCAGCUGUCUGGGACUGGGCCUUGCAGUACAGUCCCCAGAGACGAGUCCAAUUCAGCCAGCCUCUGACCAACUCUGGCCCGGUCCACUCGGUCCUGAACGGGAACUUAAAUACCGCCCCGCAUUACCCCAAGCCGAACGAUGGCGCCCUGGGUUCUGUCUUCCUUCUGUCCCGGGGCAGCUUCUCCUCCCCCUCGCACCUUCUGCCCUGGCGUAGCGGUGGGGGGUCUGGGGGGUCCUACCGGAAGAGCCACCGGCGAGCCCCUUCGUCCGAGAGCUUGCCCGGGCUGGAGCGGCUGCAGAAGGCCUGUUUACUGGCGGAGUCCUGCAGGGGACGCUCUGAGCCGCAGGAGCUGCUUCCUCAGCUGCUGGGUCCUUGUGUGGGGAUAUGGAGGGAAUGCUACCUCCGCGGGGCCCUGCAGGCACAGGCCUUUUCACACCCUGCACCCGUGUCCUCGCACCACCCGCUGGACCGACUGGCACAGGAGGUGCAGCAGCUGAGAGACAGGCUGGCAGCGGCGGCGGGAACCAGAGCCAAGAAGCAGGAGCCACACCGGGCCAACGUCAACCUCAACCAGAACGCCAACGGCGGCACCUUCCUCUUCUCGGCCCCGCGGAUCUCCGUGGCCCGCGCCCCACCCCCAACGUCCGCCCUGCCCGCCCUCGCCCCGCGGGAUGCCAGCAAGCGUACAUUCCUCUUUGGCCAGUCGCCGGACGGCCGACCGGACCUGCGCUAUGCCCCCAUGCCCAGCACCAGGCUGAGCAAGAAGAAAGGGUCAUCGCUGGCAUCCUAAGUGCAUUACCCCAGUAGACCUGCACAGUAAACUGCGAAGGUACGGAACUGAGAGCAGCAUUAAUGACCAGACUCCCCUCACUCCUGUUGUGGACCGAGCUGAACAGCGAAAUUAACUUCCCAUGAUGCAACAGGAUAGUGUGACAUCACCAAACAACACAAUGAUGAGCAUUUUAUUUAUUAAAAUCAUGUCACAUUAAAAUACUAAUGGCUUUCCCAAACUUUCUUUUUUUAAGAAUAAAUUUCAGAGCUUAUUCUUAAGAAUGCCUUAGAUUAAACAUUAUUUUUGCAGAAGUUUUCUUUAGUGACUGAUCUUCAGUAUGUUUUCUGGAUUUCAGACAUUUAUUAUUGUAAAGUAUUUACCUUUUUUGUUAUAUACAAAUGCCAUUUACUUUUUGCAACAUGUUUAUAUGUUCAUUUUCACAGUUUAAUGUUCACUCUAGUUAGUUGUAUCUUCUUUCCCAAAUCUGAAUUGUUAGAUUGUUCAGUCUACAAGCUAUAUCACGUUUAACGUUGAACUAACCAUCCAAAUGAAAGCUCAAGGUUGAAAAAUACUGGGUAUAUUUUUCAUUACCAGCUUCCUCUGUCAUUUGUUAAUGACUCUUUUUUGUGCACAGAGUCAUUACAAAACAAAAUGGGUCUGCCUGACAACAGCUGGUUAUGACUAAUAUCAGUAUUGGUCCGUGGGUUGUGAGCAAUUCUGAAAAUCUCUACAGAAGGGAGAAAGCUUAACAGAAAACCGUAAAAGUGCUAAAAUAACCUACCUUUCAGGGGCUCUUUGCAUUUAACUGGAUUCUGCUGGUUAAACAAUUUUGAUACAGAUGUUUUAUAUGGUGUUAAAAUCCUGUAAACAUACUAUGCAUUAACUGUAGUCUAUAUAUGAGUGCAGCAUACAGUAUUAUACCAGCAGGAAACAUUUCACAUACUUGGUACAGAGGGGAAAAAUGGUUGUAUGUUACUGUUUCUCAAACGAAAUUUAAUUUUUGAAUAGUACCUUCCCAACAGUGGGUGGGAGGGUUAUGAUUGAAACUGAUAGCACUAUAAAUGAUGGGAAUGGAGUCAUUUAGUGCCAAAUGUUUAUUAUAGCUAUUGUACGUAUUGUGCAUGAAGGAGACAAUGCAGCUGUGAAAAGAAGUGCCCAACGUGUGUAUGUAUUCUCAUUCCUGAUUGGCUACAGCUCGCCCAACCAGAUGGUACAACAGUGACAAUAAGAUUAAAGAAAAAAAACAACCUUUUUUUCAGUAUUAUGAGUAUUACAAAGAAAUUGUAGUAUUAGUUGCUGCCGGCAUUAACAUUCCCUGCAACCCUGACCAGGACAAGCGGUUAAAUGACGGGUGAAUGAUAUUAACAUGCUAAAUAUAACUGAGUAAUCAUCGAGAGCAACUGCCAGCAUCUAUUUUUGUUAUGUAUAUUUAUAAUCUGUACAUAUAGCCUGCAUUAAAUGAAUAGUUCUAGGAUUUCUCCCCAAAGAAACUUUUAAGUGCAGCGUGGCUCUGGGAACAUGCAGGAGAGCCGACGUAAAGCGACGACGUAAAGCGACGACGUAAAGCGAUGACGUAAAAGGACGGUGAAGUGGUCAGUGACGCCUGUUUAUAUGAAGUGAAUCUCCAGGUGACAAAGCACUGGGAUAAUUUUGGCUUUUUAUCUCCUCUAAUGAGACCCCAUAUUACUAAUCUUGUAGGUCAGGGUUUCUCAACUGGUUGGUUGUGACCCAGAAGUGAGUUGCGAGUCGACCGUCAUGGAGGGUGCGGUGUUAAAAAAAGUAAUACGAUUGGCACAUCUCCCGACAUCAUUUAACAAGGACAACUCCCCACCAUGGUCGACAACAGAACUGUCGUGACUUACUGACCAAGGAAUAAUGUAGGUCCUGGGGCUACAACACCUGAGAACCAUUGCUGUAGCUACUAGGCCACGUUUACUUCAUGCGUUUCAGAAAUUCUGGAGUAAAAAAUAAAAGUUCUGGAACAGUGCUUUGAAUUCCGCCCUACAUUACCACGUACGUAGAGUAAGAAAUUUAGUUCAGCUUUUCUGAUCUCAACAUCUAAUAUAUAAUUCUUGGCAUAGCUAUAGGAAAUGGACAACAUUAUGCAGCCAAUAUUACUUUAUAUCAAAAGUGGUAAAUAUCAAACAAAAUAUUUAUUCUAUUUUAAUCUAUCAUUGUAGUGCUUUUGUCCCAACUGGUUCAUGGAGAAAACAAUUGUCAAACAAUAUAAAAUCAUCGCAAUUCAGUGAAAUGGUGGCUAUUUUAAGCAUAUUCUUCCAAACAGAAAUCCUCCUGCAUCAAAUGUAUGAAUAUUUCCUGUUUUGGUACAAAUGAAACUUUUUAAUAUGUAUAUAUUUUGUGUUUUUGCAUUUUAUUUAAUGAACAAAAGGAAUAAACUUUUGUUUUGGAAAAA